AAAUGAUAUUGCAUCGUUCAAAAAUUGCGCAGAAGGGGAGAGUCUAAAAGCGGAGAGUGCACGAGUUCUGCUUAACCGAUAGAUGUUUUUUUUUUCUGAUCUUGUAGCACGAACAUUUCCUCCACAUCCUAAUUGAAUAAGAUACAGAUGCAUUUCUCUGAAGGCUUUCAGACGUUCGUGAUAGUUCGAGAAUGGAAGAUAACCUCGUCUGGUGACGUUGGGGGAUCGUUCCUGGCGGUGUUUGCCCUAGCAGUCCUGUAUGAGUGCUUCAAGGGACUUCACUGUACACUACAACAACGCUUACGGAAUAGGAGUUACCGGUCGACAACCAGUGUUCUUAAGACGAGACUACAUACUUUUAUUAAAUGUCGUGACCUUGUGACGCAGUUUUCCAAAACGUGUCUCUUCGUAACCGAACUGGCUUUUGCUUACUUCUUGAUGUUGGUCGCUAUGACAUACAACACGUCUUUAUUUGCGGCUGUUGUUACCGGUCGAGGAGUGGGUUAUUUCUUGGCGACACCACUCGUUAAUACCUACAUCAUUAGUGACAAGGAGGGCAGCGAUUACAGGAAGUAUCGACGAGAUUCACAGUCAACAAUAAGAAAACGGGAGCCAUUGUUGAAAGGAACAGAUAUAUAACAGCAAAAUAACUCAGCAAACUGGACAGAAGGACCACUGAAUAACAAUAGUUUCAAGUCUAUUAUUCUAUCUAUUAUAUUUCCAUUUUUUUGAAGGUUGCAACGUUAUAGCGGGUGAGAGAACAUGCUAAAGUUUUUCUUGUUCCCUCAUGCCAGUAUAUUGUGCGAGCCAGGCUCUCGGUCUUUCUCAGGUUCCACGCUCUGUCACUGCAACCCAGCACGUCUUUUUUGCUUGUCUUCACUAACUGUGAGCCUGGUACAGGCUAAUGAAUAUCACUAGAGACUCCGAGUAAUCGCUUAAACAAGUAUGAAAUAAAACCAAACAUUAUGGUCUGUAC